AUGCAUCUCGUCUCGAACCCCCCUGUUCCUAGUGCUAUACCAAUUCACGAGCCACUGAGAGAUGGUUGCAAAAUUGACGUGCACGGUCACGUUGUCCAUGGACAUCACAAAAACUUCGCCGUUGAACUACUUUCUGGACCACACAUUGUACUUCACGUGAACUUCCGCUUCCAUCAUGAACAUGAGGUUGUGAUGAACUCAUGCAGCCACGGAGUUUGGGGACCAGAGGUUCGUCACAGAAAUCCCCUCCAUCACGAUCAGCACUUCCAUCUUCACAUCCACGUCAAGCACUCUCAUCUUGAUAUCGAAGUUAAUGGUCAUCAUCUUGCUGCCUUCCAUCAUCGUUUUCCAGUCGAAUCCGUACAAGCCAUCGGCUUGAAAGGAGACGUAUACAUAGAGAAAAUCAACUUCAGCGGUUUCCAUUUCCACAGAGACUGGAACUCAAGACCUGAAUAUGGACACGGAGGUUUCAUUGGAUACGGUGCAACGUCUUAUGUUCCCCCAGCCUAUGCUCCCGGACACGGAAAUCACUACAAUCCAUAUUGA